UCGAUCUUAAUUUGACAACAAUCCAUCGCUACACGUUGCAAAUUUUAUGUAAUUCCAAUUCAAUAUAAUCAAUUGUGAUCGAUUGAGUUGCUCUGUACACAAAAUCUAUUUCUCUCACUCAAUUUUUUAAUUCACACCGGAUUUUCCGUUAUCUACAUUUUUCUCCCUUAUUAUCUUUUUAUUUAUCCCUCCUUACAUUUGAAGGAAAAUAGCAUUUCGUGGGGGAGGCAGUAGCCAUGGCUUACUACUACUUAUACUCCACCAUACCCAAGAAACCUCUAACCUCAAUCUUCAUGUCCUCUCCCCAUAUCAUCUUCAACUGCUCUCUUCACAAAUUCGUUCCUUCUACAACUCCAUCACUUUUUCCCUCUCUUUACCUUCGCCACCGUUCUAGGUAUUGCACAUGGGUGUCAGCUGUUUCAUGUUCUGUAGCUGAGACAGAUGAACAACACCAUAUCGCAAGUAAUGGACUUGUACACAGAGAAUAUGCUGACCUUAAUCUCUCUGACUUAUUUUGCGAGGAUAUUGGCAAUCUUCGAAUAAGGCCGCAUGUCAACCCUCUGCGACGUGCUCUCAUGAUUCCUGCAGAAGUACCAAACUGGAAGGAGGUGUUCAGGGACGCAACAUUGCCUCUGAUGGUGGAUAUCGGUAGUGGUAGUGGGAGAUUUCUUAUGUGGCUUGCUAAAAGAAAUUCUUCAUCCAAGAAUUUUCUGGGUUUGGAAAUUCGGCCUAAGCUGGUCACACGGGCUGAGUAUUGGGUAAAUGAGCUGGGUCUGAGAAAUGUACAUUUCAUAUCUACCAAUGCGAUGGUUUCCUUCCAACGACUUGUAUCUACAUAUCCUGGACCACUGAUGCUAGUUUCAAUCUUGUGCCCAGACCCUCACUUUAAGAAAAAACAUCAUAAAAGAAGAGUGGUGCAGAAACCUUUGGUUGAAUCCAUUGUGAAUAAUUUAGCACACGGUGGAAAGGUCUUUAUACAGUCUGAUGUGCUCGACGUGGCAGUUGACAUGAGGAAUUAUUUUGAUGAUGUGUCUGACAAACUUGUGCAUAUAGAUAGUGUUGAUCCAAGUUUACCUUGUGAUGGUGAUGGAUGGGUAUUGAACAACCCAUUGGGAAUAAGGACUGAGAGAGAGAUCCAUGCAGAAUUUGAAGGUUGCAAAAUAUACAGAAGGGUUUACCAAAAAGUUCAACGUUAAUUUUCUGUUUCAUAACUUGCUGUUUGGGAGUAUGGAUCACACAGUUUUGCUCUUAGUCUUCUCCAGGCAUUACAAUUUCUAUAUCUUUGAAGUGCCCUUCAACACAUCUAUUUUUGUUGUGGUUGCUUGAUGGAAUAAUGAGCCCCCCUUCAAAAUGAGGGCAUGUAACAUACAUCUCAUAUGGACUCUAGCUCUCCUUUUUUCUUUUUCCAUUUUUCUUCAGUCUGCCUUUGUACCAUGGAAUGUAUUGUUUUUAGUUGGUGUUUAGAAAAAUCUUGGCUAACUAGGAAAAGAUACUGGUCAAGUUGUGAUAGUCCGUGUCGUUUUCGCCUACUUGAAGAACUAUGGGGCAGACAGGUUCAAUCCUCUGAUUUGUUGAACGGAAAGAAAGUGAAGCUUUCAAGGAGAUUCUGACAUGACAUUUUUGUGCCAAAGAGCCUGUUCGAUGGCAUCUGCGUCCGAAGCCAAUAUGCUUUCAAUUAAAAACUAUAGACAUGUCAAGAUUUGAAUUCGAAUUGGUUUCUGGUGCCAAUAUGCUUUCAAUUAAAAACUAUAGACAUGUCAAGAUUUGAAUUCGAAUUGGUUUCUGGUUUUGGUUAGAGAAUACUGCGUUUGUGGUGAUCUGAAUAAGAGGCGGGAUAGAGGUAUCUUUCUUUUCA